AUGGCCGGCAAUGGCUACCUAGGCACCAAAGUGCAAAUCUCGGAGUUGGAGGCUGAUUUGCAAAAAAGCCUCGGUCCGGAGUUCCACCUCAAGGAGUCCGACCUGACGGAGAAGGCGAACUUUGAUGGCAACACCUCACUGAUGGCUACAUUCAGCUGGGAAGGCAAAAAGUAUUUGCUGAAGCUCCCUACCUGGAGCAAGCUCGUCAGCCUCUACGGAGCCGGUGCGGCCGACUCGAUGGCCGGGCUCGUCAAGCUGGUGCACAACCGCGAGGUCGAUUUCUUCCAGGCCAUCCUCCCAAAGAUCCCGAGGCGGAUCGUCACCCCGCAAUUCGUCUGCGCGAAGAAAUUUGAGGCCGGCUUAGAUUCCGCCUACCUCGUGAUGGAGCUGGCGAACGGGAAGAACCCGUUCACCCAUGAAUUCGCCGGGAUUGAGGCGACCAAGAAGAUCCUCGACGAUUUGGCAGCGCUGCACGCCGUUGAUGCUCAUUUCACCAAAGAGAAGCACGACCACUUUUUUGAUGCCUCGCCAGCGGUGAUGAGCAUCUUAGACAUACAGCUGAACAAGGAUGCCCUGAAAAGUGCCUGCGACAACCUAGCGGCUUUCCUUGGCGACGACUCGAAGCAGCUUUUCGAGCAAAUCUUUAAGCUCGCUGCUGAAGACGGGCUUGUGUCGAAAGAUCAGCUACUUGGGGUCCCCAAAAAAUUGGGCGCCGUCCAAUCCCUGAUCCACGCCGACCUGUGGCGCUGCAACGUUCUUUGGACGGAUUCGACCAAUGGGGAGCACCAGCUGGACGCCGUGCUCGACUGGCAGGGCUGGCGACCGGGUAACCCUGGCGAAGAUCUCGCCAAGCUGUACCUCUUCGCGUUGGAGAACGAGUCGAGGAAGGAACAUUGGGCCGAGCUGCUCCAUUACUAUUACAACCAAUACAAGCAGUAUCACGGUGAAAAGACACCUGCAUAUACCGAAGCGCAGAUCCAAAAAGCGUUCCGACUCUCCCUACCUGCCUGUGCCUUAAUCGUCUUGAGCUACAACCCUCGAAAUCAUGAAAAUGAUAUCAAGAAGGGCUUGUCAGAAGCCGAGCACGCUUCCGCCAAGGCGAAAAUCCAGGAGACAAUCCGCGAAAUCAUGACGGAAGUGCGAGACAUCCUUGAAGCCCAAGCCCGGGAGGCC